ACAAAACACGCCCACCCAGACAAGUCGACUGAGGACAUCUGACAUCUGCGCGCUGGUUCACUCGGGCUUGACAUUUGAGUGCGCCAGUGCAGUCCCCAGUCGUCUGCUAAUCGACGUGCGUUUCGCUCAUUGCAUUCGGUUGUUUUGUGGAUUUCGAUCAGCUACCCCGUCGGGGCCCACUCGGAAUGCGGUGCCGUGCGCACGUGGAGUGCCCUGGGCAGCUUUCACGAACGAUCUGUUCACCAGUUGAUGGUGCAUUUUCUCAGGCCUUGGCAGCGUAACGAAUAUCGAUCCACUCGCUGUUCUCUCGCAUCCGCCAUUGAGAAGUGUGGAGACGCGGGGCAGUGGAAUGCAGCAUUGGUGCUGUUACGAGAGGCGUCGCUUCUGAACGCGGAAGCCGCCACACUCUAUUACACAAAGGCAGUCGGUGAAUGUGGGAAAGGAAGGGCUUGGCCACACGCUUUGGUGUUGCUCAGAGAAUUGUGGGAAGCAGAGUUUGGGCCCGAUGUCUUCAGCCACUGCGCUGGGAUGAGCGCGUGCGUGAGAAGCGGACAAUGGCAGCAGGCAUUGAUGUUGCUCAGGGAGGCGAGGGCGGCGAAUUUGGAAUUGGACGCGUUUGGAUAUAACGUCGGAAUCAGCGCGUGCGAGAAAGGGGGGCAGUGGCGUCAAGCACUGUCCUUGCUCGUAGGCUCGUGGAACGCAGGGACGAGGCCCGACGUCUGCAACUGCAAUGCCGCCGUGAGCGCAUGUGAGAAGGGCGUCAAAUGGCAGUUGGCGGUUCGUUUGCUCAGGAGGUUGGUGGAGAUCAGGCUGGAACCCACCGUUAUCAGCUACUGCGCUGGGGUCAGUGCGUACGAGAAGGGUGAGCAGUGGCAGCAGGCUCUGGCUCUGCUCGGCGAGGUGUGUGCGGCGAUGCUGCAGCCCGACUCACCAGUUGGCUACAACGCCGGCGUCAGCGCGUGCGAGAAGUGCGAGCAGUGGCAGCAGGCCCUGUUGCUGCUCCGCGAGAUGCAGGAGGUGAGGCUGGAGCCCGACGGCAUCCCAUUUAGCUAUUGCGCUGGAAUCAGCGCGUGCGAGAAUGGAAAACAAUGGCAGCAUGCUGUGGCGCUUCUCCGCGAGAUGAGGAAAGCGAAACUGCAGCUCGACGUCAUCAGCUAUUCCGCUGGGAUCAGCGCAUGCGAGAAGGGUGAUCAGUGGCAGAGGGCGCUGGCGCUACUGCGCGAGAUGCGUGCUGCGAGGUUGAAGCCCGACGCCAUCAUCGGCUACAACAGUGGGAUCAGCGCGUGCGAGAAGGGCGAACAGUGGCAGCGGGCUUUGGCUCUGCUCCGCGAGAUGCGGGAGGCGAAGGUGGAGCCCGACGCCAUCAGCUACCGAGCUGGGAUCCGUGCGUGCGAGAACGGUGACCGGUGGCAGCAGGCCGUGGCGCUGCUCCGCGAGAUGCGGGGAGCGAAGCUGGAACCCGACGUCUUCGACUACAGUGCUGGGGUCAGCGCGUGCGAGAAAGCCAGCCGUGCGGCUCCUCCCUGGGUUGAGCUGGUGGCGGUCUUGAGGGGCCCAGUCUCUGUUUCCAGCGCAGCAUGAGCGGCCCCCGCGACCCUUUCAUGUGCUCGGGAGCCCUUGAGGUUGGUGGGUACAAGAUGCAACAACUGCUGGGUUUCGCGAGUAUUCGCAUGCAGGACAAUCAGUGGGCUUGCAGGUUUUUAAUGAGAACAUGGAGUGGUCGCAGCAAGAGCAGGUACACAGAAGCGUGCAGCAGCGAACCCGAAACAGCAGUCCCGUGGAGAAGGUACAACCGCAGGAACCAAUUAGCGUUCUCGCUACUCUGGAUGGUGUCGGUUUCGAUGUUUCAGCCAGCACGUGUAUAUCGAUGUAGGCCUCGCGUGUGGGUAAGGCGGCCCGUGGCAGCAGGUGUUGCGGUGGCUAGAUGAAUGUAUGCCGGAGUUGGAGCCGAGCACCAGUCCGCGUCUUUGUCUUGUUAGAUAUGGUCCUAUCGACGACGCCUACGGCGAAUCGCCGCCGCCCCCUGGCCCUUUGGAAGAGC